AUGAGGUACCUCAAGACAUUGGCGCUGUUGCUUUUUGUGGCGUCUCUUGUGAUGGCCAAAAAAGAUGAAUCCAGUGAAGAAGAAGAUGAGAAAAAGUACGGAGAACACCAUCACGAGGAAAAGGGUGAAAAGGGCGAAAAGGGACACAAAGAAAAGAAACAUUGGGAAGAAGAAGAAAAGAAGCACCACGAAGAGGAUGGUCAUGGUCAUAAGUAUGAGGAAGAGGGCGGUAAAAAGAAGAAAGACUGGGAUGAGAAAGACGAACACGGGGAGCACCAUGAACACGGUGAGCAUAAAAAAGGCGGGAAACAUCAUCACAAAAAAGGCCACAAAAAGGGCCACAAGGCCUCAGAGUACCACAAGAAGGCCAACAAGGACGAAUAUUAUAAGGAGAAGAAAUUCUACGAUGACGAAGACAAAGGAGGACAUCACAAGAAAUUCGGCAAGGGCCACGAACAUCAUGAGAAAGAAGAAGGCGGCCACAAGAAAGGCGAACACCACGAAGCCGCCGAGAAGAAAGGCAGCAAAGGACACAAAGGACACUAUAGCAAAGGACAUCACGAUGAAGAUCACAAGGGCUACAAAGACGAACAUGAACACGAUGAGCAUUAUGAUCAUCAUGAAGAUUUCGGCAAGAAAGGCGAAAAGAAAGGUGGCCACAAGAAAGGAUACAAAAAAGGACAUCACUAA